UACUGACUUUUUUAAACGAUAGCCAUUGGUUGUUUAGCAUGGACAUGAAUUUGCAAAAUGAGGAAAAGCUCAAUGUAGCUAAAAUGGGGGUACUUGAAUAUUACAUCCAACAAAAGUACAAUUCGAUUAGUUGCAAAAACGUUUUGUUAACUUUUGUAACAAAAUACUAGAAAGACGCGAGAUCAUAUUAAUCUUUUUAUUUAGUUAACGUUACAGACAUCUAAAAAUAUCUUCUAAUACCAUGAUUGUUCGUCAAUAUAUCUAUUACGUCAAUCAUUACGUGUGCCAUUUAUCUAGUGCUGUAACAGGUAAUUUAAAAAACAUGCCCUGUCCAUUUUUGACACAUCUUUCUGCGAAUUAUAUUCGUAAUUAUGGAACAUCCGUAAUUAUGAACUAUCAGCUGUACCAGUUUUGUCCAGUGAUGUCUCAGUUUUUUAGCACUCAAGUAGAUACCAGUGACACUGGUGAACAAGUUGAAAAAGCUAUAAACAGUCAAUGUCCGUUUCUUGCUAAAGAACAAAAUGCUGUGAAAAUAGCUAGUCCUAUGGUUGAGAAGGAUAUUAUUAACAUAUCAGCUUCAGAAUCAAAGGAAAGAGGUGGUUUCCCAUAUGAAAAAUUUUUCCAUGAACAAAUUAUGAAAAAAAAGAAAGAUCAUUCUUACAGAGUAUUUAAAAAGGUCAAUCGCUUAGCAGAGAGCUUUCCAACUGGAUUAGAGUACUCCUGGGGAGAAAAACCAAUUACUGUUUGGUGUUCUAAUGAUUAUUUAGGAAUGUCACGACAUCCAGCAGUGACAGAUUCUGUUCGAGAAGCAUUGAGCAAAUUUGGUGCAGGAGCAGGAGGAACCAGAAAUAUAUCUGGAAAUUCUAUGGGGCACGAGAUAUUAGAGAAAAGACUCGCUUCUUUGCACCAAAAAGAAGCCGGCUUAUUAUUUACUUCUUGUUUUGUCGCUAAUGACUCAACUUUAUAUACUUUGGCAAAGCUCCUGCCACAUUGUCAUAUUUUCUCUGAUGCUGGAAAUCAUGCUUCUAUGAUUCAAGGUAUAAGAAACAGCGGAGUACCGAAGCAUAUUUUCAGGCACAAUGAUAUAAAACAUCUUGAAGAAUUACUUUCUAAAAUAGACAAAAAUGUGCCAAAAAUUGUAGCAUUUGAAACAGUACAUUCUAUGACUGGUGAUAUAUGUCCCUUAGAAGAUUUAUGUGAUAUUGCACAUAAAUAUAAUGCUUUAACAUUUGUUGAUGAAGUUCAUGCUGUUGGAUUGUAUGGACAUUCGGGAGCUGGGAUUGGAGAAAGAGAUUACGUGCUCCAUAAGAUGGAUAUUAUAUCUGGCACUCUAGGGAAAGCUUUUGGGAAUGUGGGUGGCUACAUUGUUGGAUCUGCUAAGUUAAUAGAUAUGAUACGAAGUUAUGCAGCAGGCUUUAUUUUUACAACCUCAUUGCCACCAACAGUAUUAUAUGGUGCCUUAACAGCCAUUGAAAUUUUAGCUUCAGAUGAAGGAAGAUCAUUAAGGGCUAGCCACCAAAAAAACGUAGCUUAUAUGAAAUCUAUUUUGACAGCUGCAGGUCUUCCAUUAGAGCAAUCACCUUCUCACAUUAUACCGAUAAAAAUUGGUGAUCCAUUACUGUGUAGUCAAUUAGCCGAUUUAUUAAUAAGAGAUAAGGGGCAUUAUGUUCAAGCAAUCAAUUAUCCAACUGUUCCAAAGGGAAAAGAAAAAUUAAGACUUGCUCCAACUCCAAGACACACUCAAUCUAUGAUGGAUCAAUUUGUCAAAGAUAUAUUACAUGUUUUUCAUCAAUUGAGUAUACCAACUUUCGGACAUAAGUCAGACGACAUUCCUGUGCCAACAUUCCAUUCGAAUUCGUUGAUAAAUGUUAAAUGUAAAUGAAUGAACUAACAAAAAUCUAUAUAGUACAAAUAUAAUUUAUUUCUGUAUACAAA